AUGGAGAAAACCGCAUCCAAGUUUGCCGCAUACCAGCGGCCUACAAGUGGAAUUUUCCCCUUCCUCCCAGAAGCAUGGGUCCCAUACGCUGAGCUCAUGCGUCUUGAUCGACUGGGUGGCUUCAUCACCUUCUAUCUUCCCUGCAUCUUCGGUCUCGCCUACGCAACCGCAAUCGCCGCCGUUCAGCCCUCUCUCCUCCUUCUUGUGGACCGUAGCAUCACAAUUUUCCUCUGCUGUGUGCUCGCGCGUGGAUCAUCAUGUGCCUGGAACGACAGUGUGGACCGCGACUUCGACAAGAAGGUUGAACGCUGUAGCGUGCGGCCCAUUGCUCGCGGUGCCGUGACACGCUCGCAGGCAAAUACCUGGGCUAUUGUGCAACUUGCCAUGAUGGUGCUUUUGGUCACUCGCAUGCCCAUGGCGGUGAUGAAGUACCUGGGAGCGAUCGUGGUUCUCGGCAUGGCGUACCCCUUCGCAAAGCGGUACACCUACUACCCCCAAGCCGUGCUGGGAACGACAUUUGGGGUGGGAUCUCUGCUGUGUGCUCGAUCGGUGCAUGUCUUCCCUAUGGAAAAGGAGUUCCUCGCCCCAUCUAUGUGUGUUGUUCUCGUCAACACGCUUUGGAGCAUGAUCUAUGAUACUAUUUAUGCGCACCAGGAUGUGGCUGAUGACAUCCACGUUGGCGUGAAGGGUAUGGCUGUUAAAUACCAGAACUGCACCAAGCUUGUCUGUUCCAUCAUGUGUGCUCCGAUGAUUGGCCUGCUCACUGCUAUCGGUGCUCUGACUGAGCUUGGUCCGCUCUACUAUGCUUGUGCUCUUGGUGGCGGAGCUGCCAGUCUGGCUGCUACUAUCUCGUGCGUGAAUCUCAAGGAUGACAAGAACUGCGCGUGGUGGUUUAGCCACGGAUACACGAUGUUUGGUAUGAGUGUCCUGGCAGGAUUCUUGGCAGACUCGCUGUCGAACACUGUCCCUGCCUCGGAGUUCAUGGACAUGUACCACAACUCGAGCUGGAUCCACGCCGAGCUGUGA